UUACUAGACUAUUGAAUGAUGCUGAAUGUGAACUUUAUCCUGGUUGCAAGAAGUACUCGAAGUUAUCUUUUCUUAUCAAGAUGUUGUAUAAUAAGGCAAUAACUAAUUGCAGUAACAAGUCUUUCAGUCUAAAUCUAGAGUUGUUCAAGGAUGCUCUUCCAGAAGGUGAAACACUUCCAAACUCUUAUUAUGAGAUCAAGAAAUUAAUGCGUGAUCUUAGCCUUAGCUAUAUGAAGAUAGAUGCAUGUGUGAAUAAUUGCAUAUUAUAUUGGAAGGAGUAUGAACAUCUUGAUCAAUGUCCUAAUCCAGCUUGUAAAGCUUCUAGAUGGAAGUUUGGUAAGGGUAAACGUAAGAAGAUUGCUCAAAAGGUGGUUAGAUAUUUUCCUUUGAAACCUAGACUCCAAAGAUUAUUCAUGUCCAAAGAAAUUGCAGAAGAAAUGAGAUGGCAUAGAGUAAAACGUGUUGAUGAUGAUACAAUUAGGCACCCAGCUGAUGCUAAGGAAUGGAAAGAUUUUGAUAAGUUACAUAGUUGGUUUGCUCAAGAUCCUCGCAAUGUGCGGCUAGGCCUUUCUAGUGAUGGAUUUAACCCAUUUGGCAAUAUGAGCACUAAUUACUCCAUGUGGCCAGUUAUUUUAUUGCCCUAUAAUUUGCCACCUUGGAAAUGUAUGAAAGAGCCGUUUAUAUUUUUAUCCAUACUUAUCCCUGGUAAGGAUUCUCUUGGGAAUGAUAUUGAUGUAUAUUUGCAGCCAUUAAUAGAGGAGUUGAAAGAAUUAUGGGAAGAGGGAGUUGAAACAUAUGACGCAUAUUCUGGUGAUAAGUUUCAAUUGUAUGCUGCAUUGUUAUGGACCAUAAAUGAUUUUCCUGCAUACGGAAUGUUAUCUGGGUGGAGUACAAAGGGAAAGUUAGCUUGUCCUAUUUGCAAUAAGUGGACAUGCUCGCUUACUUUAAAGAAUGGGAAAAAACAAUGUUACAUGGGUCAUCGUAGAUACUUGGAUAAACAACAUCCAUGGAGAAAAAGUAAAAGAUUUAAUGGUAAGGCAGAGUAUCAAUCAGAACCAGAAGAAUUAUCUGGAAAUGAUAUAUUAAGACAAUUUGCUCAUGUUCCAGAUGUGAGAUUUGGAAAGCAAUCUAAUACAGGAAAACGUAAACGUGCUGAACAAGAGCUAAAUUGGACAAAAAAAAAGUAUAUUUUUUGAAUUGCCUUAUUGGAAAACAUUGAAAUUACGACAUAAUUUGGAUGUGAUGCACAUCGAAAAAAAUAUAUGUGAAAAUAUUUUGGGAACAUUGAUGAAUAUUGAUGGAAAGACUAAGGACAAUUUUAAGACUCGUAUGGAUUUGGAAGCAAUGGGUAUAAGAAAAGAGUUGCAUUUGCAACUAGACGGUGACAAGUUCCUAAUGCCGCCUGCAUGUUACACUUUAUCAGUGACAGAAAGGAAAAAGUUUUGUGAAUGGUUAAAUUCAAUUAAAUUACCAGAUGGAUAUGCAUCAAAUCUAGCUCGGUGCGUAAAUGUUAAUGAUGGCAAAAUAUCGGGUAUGAAAAGUCAUGAUUAUCAUGUAUUCAUACAGCGGUUACUUGCAGCUACAUCACUUGGUUAUUUAAAAAAGGAUUUAUAUAUUGUAUUGUCCGAGUUGAGUUCUUUCUUUAAGGAUCUGUGUUCAAAAACUAUGGAUAGGGCUAUGUUGAAAAAGUUACAAACCGACAUCAUUUUAAUAUUAUGCAAGCUUGAGAUGACAUAUCCUCCAUCAUUUUUUGUGAUUAUGGUACAUUUACCAAUUCAUCUACCACGUGAAAUUGAAUUAGGUGGACCGGUUCAUUAUCGAUGGAUGUACUUUAUUGAAAGGUAUUGGAACAUUAUUUCAAUUUAUUAUUGUUAGAUGCACUUCAUGAACAACAAUAAACAUGUAUAUGUGUAUUGUUGUCUAUGUUAUAUUAUUCGUUAUUUUUAUUACAUUAUGGUUGUAAAUAGGUAUCUCUGUACUUUGAAAGAAUUUGUACGCAACAAAGCUCAUCCAGAAGGUUCCAUCGCUGAAGCAUAUAUUAACAAAGAAUGUCUUCAUUUUUGUUCAAUGUACUUUCGUGGAGUUGAAACUAAGCACAAUCAACUGGAGAGGAAUUAUGAUGGACCUCAACUGGAGAUAGAUAAUGGAUUUUCAAUUUUCACACAAAAGGCAAGAGCUUUAGGAGCCCCUGUGUAUCAUGUGUUAUCCUCAUCCGAUUUCAAGAAAAUUCAGUGGUAUAUACUUAAUAAUUGCGAAGAGAUAGAAUUUUAUUUAAAUUUACAUAAGGAAGAAGUUCAAAGGCAAAGCUUGAUUGAUGUGCAAGAAAGACAUGAAAAUGAAUUUCCAUCUUGGUUUAAGCAACAUGUGACACACUUAAAUAUAAAUGGCUCCGUUGGAUCACAAGAUCAAUUAUAUGCAUUAGGACUGGGUCCUGAUAUUCGUGUUGCAAAAUAUAGUGGUAUAAUAGUUAAUGGAAUUAGAUUUCACACGAUUGAGCGUGAUAAGUAUCUUCGUACACAAAAUAGUGGUAUUGUGGUAAAAGGAGAACAUAAUUCAGAAGAAUUUGAUUUUUAUGGUGUCUUGGUGGAUAUCAUUGAGCUUGAGUAUUGCUAUGGGAAUCGUGUUUUUUUGUUUAAAUGUGAUUGGUGGAAUGUAGGAGAUAAAAGAAACGGAAUGAAGACGUAUGGUCAACUAGUGAGUGUUAAUACGAGUCGAAAAUGGUAUGUUAAUGAUCCCUAUGUACUAGCCACACAAGCAGAACAAGUUUUUUAUAUUGGUGACAUGAAAAAUGGAAGCAGUUGGAAAAUUGUGCAGAAAGUAUGUCCUAGAAAUGUAUAUGAUGUUCCAGAAAAUGUAGAAGAAGGUGAAAGGUUAAUUUUGAAUGAUGAACCAUAUCAACAAUAUGAGAUAAAUGAUGUUAUUGAGGUUGAACAAAUAGAUGCAGAAAAUAUAGGAUCAUUACUUUGAGAAGAUGUGUUUCCAGAUGAAAUAGAUGCUAGCAUUGUUGUUCCAAAUAAGAAAUUGGUCCAAACAAGAGAUGAAACUGAUGAUAGUUGUAGUGACGAAGAAGAUUACAAUGAAGAAGAUGAUACUAUUAUUGAUUAUUGUGAUGAUGAUGUUGAUG